GGCCAAACAGGGAAGAGUUUCUUGGCUACAUGGUGUUGCUUUGUGAAGGGCUGCUUUACUCGUUGUUUUCUUCAGAAUAAGUUCAUGAACAAGAACUGGAUGUGACGAAGAAUGGACGGUUACCUACAGAGACAAAGCUCAACUGUUCAACCAUUCUCAGGAAAUGGUUACCUUGGUGACCAGCAGUCACUCAGGUUACGUCGGGUUUCAUCCCAAGUGUCCAAUCAGAAUUAUCCUCAGCAUGACUGGAGCUCGGAGCCUGCAGGUGAGGAUGAAGUGGACAAUGCUGGGAUUACCCCGGAGAUCAGGAGUUUCCCGUACACCAUGGCACUGAAAAGAGCUGUGCGACAGGUGCAGGAAAGGCAGGUGCCUGUUCUCUCCGGAUCCAAGUCUUGGAAAAGGGUCAAAUCCCUUCGUAAACUCAAAAAAACCACCAGAGAAUUUCUUUCUUUUUUUAUUCUAUGGGGCAAGUCCUUGCAGAAGAUUGGAGGGAACUUUGGAGGUGGUGUCCUGUCUUACUUCGUGUUUCUCCGAUUCCUGGUGGUUCUCAAUAUUGGGUCCUUCUUGCUGAUUGCUGGAUUUGUCAUCAUCCCCAGCAUCGUCUUCAAACAUGUUGGAAAUAGUUCUGAGAUCAGCACAGGUGUAGAGGAAUGCAUGAAAUAUGACCCUGCCCCUCAAGCCUUGGUGGUCUUUUAUCAGUUCUUCCUUGACUUACUUUCAGGAACGGGUUUUAUGGAGUAUUCAUUCAUGUUUUACGGCUUCUACAAUAACACAAUGGUGGCGGACGACAACUUCUCCUACAACAUCCCCCUUGCCUACCUUUUUACUGCCAUCUUCUACUUUGCCUUUUGUCUCAUUUGCAUGAUAGUGCGCAUGGGGAGUGCAGCUCGAGUUGCUGUGGCAACGGGAGGCAGCACUGUGGUCAACUACAGCAUGAUCGUGUUCACUGGAUGGGACUAUGGUUGCCUGGGUGACAAAGCUACCAAGCUGAAACAGAAAAAUAUCCACUAUCAGCUACAGGUGGAUCUGGAGGAGGAACGCUUAAAGAAACAGGCAGCCUCUCGGACAUUGGGUCAAAAAGUACUUUUAUACUCCUUACGUGUGCUCAUGUUUUUUGUUGCACUUGGGUUAUCUGCAGCAGCCUUCUUGAGCAUCUUUGCGGCCACUGUCUCCAGCCAGGACAAGAGUGAUGUGCAAGGGAUCCUCGGUUUGUUGUAUGAAUAUCUGCCAUCCAUCGCCAUCACCGCAGGAAACUUCUUGGUGCCUCUGCUUUGUGACCAAAUCGCCCUAAUAGAGCGAUAUUCCCCCAGCAUUACUGUUGUAGUAGCAUUGUUAAGGGCAGUGGUCCUGCGCCUGGUGAGUUUGGGUGUCCUCCUCUUCACCCUGUGGAGUCAGAUCACCUGCUAUGGCAACAAAGAUGAUAGUUUGUGUGAAACGUGCAAAUAUCACCAUGAAGACUACCCGUGCUGGGAAACCCGUGUGGGACAGGAGAUGUACAAGCUCACUCUGUUUGAUUUCCUCAUCAACAUUGCUAUGCUUCUACUGGUCGAAUUUCCACGCAGGAUGGUGGUGGACAACUGGUCCUGUAAGCUAUCACAGUGGCUGGGCCGGCAGGAGUUUGUGAUUCCCUCCAACGUACUUGGACUGGUUUAUGGUCAGACCGUUGUCUGGACUGGAGCCCUUUUUUGCCCUGUGCUGCCACUUAUUAACACCGUCAAGUUUUUCAUCCUCUUCUACUGCAAGAAGAUCACGCUCUUCUACAACUGCCGGCCGGCCCUGAAGACGUUUCGCUCCACCACCUCCACCUUCUUUUUCCUGGUCGUACUCCUGAUUGGCUGGAGUUUGGCCUUGGUUGUCAUGAUUUACAGUAUUGCCGUGAUCCAUCCCUCAUGGGGUUGUGGACCUUUCCGUUCCCACCAAAACAUGUGGCUGAUUGUUCCAAAGUCUUUGUACAAUCUCCCAGAAGUGACACAGGAGUUUCUGUUCUUCAUUGGCUCACAGGCAUUCUCCAUCCCUCUGUUUGCAUUAUCAUUCGUGGUGAUGUGGUACUUCAUUGCUUUAGCCUCCGUUUAUGGGAAAAGUGUUGCAUUGCUAAGAGCUCAGCUUAAAUUGGAGGGCCGAGACAAGCAGUUUUUGGUCAAGCAGAUUGAGGAGCUGAGUCGGCACCUUCCGAUACCAGAAGAGGACUGACAACUUCCCGUGGACCAAAUAUACUUCAACCUUUUCAAAAUGAAGCAUGAUGAGGCAACCCAAGAGGACUAGUGUGAAAGAUCUACUUCAUUUAUUGCAGCCUGGGUUUUACCAGAUCAAUCAUGGGCAGUUAUCGAUCUAAAGAUGUUCUAUUCCUUGAAAGAUUUUAACUUAGAGGUCAGUCCCUUUAGAAAAAAUUCUGAAUUGGAACAUGUUCAAUGUUAAUUAUUGAUCAUUCAUUAAUAUUCAACUAUAUGGGUUUUUGGCAUACUUAAACUGCAUAAACCCAUGCAUAAUUCUUUUUAAUUAAAGCCAUUUUUUAUUGAAGUUUCAACCCAUAUGUCCAGACAGAGAAAAUAAUAUUUGAUCAAGGACCUCAACAAAACAUAUAAACAAAACAGAACACAACAUUUCAUAAAACGCAAUAUUGAAGAAUGUACAUGUUACAACCCAGCUCAUUGAAGUGCAACAUAAAAAGGAGUCUGAACAAAACAAAUCACAAAGUCUAGGUUUUAUUGUUCAAAUUUAACAUUUAGCAUUUAGAAGCCUGACAAAAUCCACAUCAAAAACACCGUGGCAAACAGCAGCCAGGGAAGUAAUAUCCUCACAGGUGCAGCCAAUGAAGCAAUAUCUGCCAUGCAUUAAACUCCUGCACUGAUGCAGCGAGGCCAGCAGGGAUGCAGAGGGGUAUGACAGUACAAUUAAUAAAUACCUUUUACAAAAUACAACUACUUUCAACAGAAUGCAACCACAAAUCAGAAAACAUAAAUACACAAAACAACAGUAUCUAACAAUGUUUCAGGAGACAACAAAACAAAAAAUGUAAAUAGAGAAUGAUAAAUCAUAUGGUUUAUGAUUUAGGUGUUAUCCAGCCUUAAAAGAUUAAUUUUAUUUCGUAAUGUCUUCUCUGGUUUUCUGCUAGUGUAUAUAUAUUUUUUCAAUCUUGUUGACUUUUUUUAAAAAUAUACUGUAUAUGUAUAAUGUACAAUAUAUGUCUUUUUUCUAAAACAAAAGACAUGAUCAUUGACUUUCGCAAAAACAAUGCUCCCAACCAAGAGAUUACAGUUUUAAAGGGUCAGACAGUGGAGUAUGUCAGCACAUAUAAAUAUCUGGGAACUGUCAACGACAACAAACUGAACUUUGAGGCAAACUGUAUAGGCUGUGUACAAAAAGGGACGACAGCGCCUGUUUUGUCUGAGAAAACUGUCUACUUUUAACAUUGCCAGGACCAUGCUGAUCUUGUUUUAUCAUGCUUUUAUAGAAUCAGUUUUAUCCUUCUGUCUUUCUUCAUGGUUUGGAAAUGUGUCCCUUAAAAACAAAAAUGUUUUAAACCAAAUCGUGAAAUGGUCGAGCAAGCUGAUUGGUGAGUCUCAGCUUCAGCCAGAAUCCCUGUAUUCUAAACAGUUACAGAGGAUAGCUGGCUCUAUUUUAAAAGACAACUCCCACCCUCUUAAAUGUGAGUUUCAGCUGCUCCAUCAGGUCGGAGGUUCAGGGUACCUGCUUGUAAAACCAAACGCUACAAAAACAGCUUUGUACCAGCAGCCAUCAGUGCUAUUAAUAAGUGAGGGAACUGCAACAUAACUUUGUAUUGUUGCCUUUAUCUUGUUUUUAUGAAAAGGCACAUUUUUUAUCCUUUGGCUUGGUUUUAAUAUUUUAAUGUUUUUAUCUACUGAUGUUUUAACUUAUCUUGAUUCUUAUCUUGGGGCCGUCCUUCUUGUUCUUUGUUCUUUUAGCCAAAGCACUGUUGUCACUUUAUAUUAUCCUGUAUUGUUGAGUGUAUGGUUUUAGAUUGUAUGAGGAGGCACUCACUGUGAACCAAAUUUACCCAAGGGUACAAUAAAUAAAUCUAUCUAUCUAUCUAUCUAUUUAAAACGAGGCGUUGUGGCAUUAAUUUAUUUUAAUAUGAAUCAUGGUUGCACCACAUAACCUUUUUUAAGGCUAGUGCCAAUUCAUCUUGAGAAAAAACUCUGAAAUCAUUUAAAUGAUUUUAAAUCAUUUAACAUUUUUAUAUGAACUUAUGUGUACACAACAUUCUUAAUGUUUGAACU